AUGCCUCCGGGACGCACUAUCAAAACCCGUGUUGCUGCUAAUGAGAAUGAUGAAAAUGCAACUGCAAAUGCGACGCGUAUGACGCGUGCGAAGGCUGCGGCCCUCGACAUCGAUGUCUCAUCCCAACCUGCCAAGCAGGCACUUCAGUCCAAGAAGUCUGCGAUCAACGCAAACCCCACGGCACAGAGAAAGCGCGCCGCCCUUGGUGAUGUCAGCAACGUCGGAAAAGGGGAGGCGGCUGAGGGAAAGAAAACAGCUAGCAAAGUUGGCCUAGUCUCCAAGGCUGCACAACCUACUGGAGUUCAGAAGGCUACUUCCCGUGCCACUUCAACUCGAUCUGCUUUAGCGGCCAAGGAAGCCAAGAAGCCCGAGGUGAAGCGAGCAGGAUCUGGUUCUGGUGCUCUCGGUACUGCUCACAAGAGAAAAGUCACAUCGACGACAAUCAAGCAAGAUGUCCUCUUGGAGGAGCCAGUUCGCAAGAAGGUCAACACUGCCGGCCCCGAACCCGCGAAGCUCGAACGCCCCGCAUCCAAAUUGCCGAAACCAGAAACAGCAGCCCAGAAGCCGUCUCGGAAGGAGCAGGCCCCCGUCAAGUCGGAGAUUGGCUUUUCACUUCCUGAGGGUGUGAAGGAUUUGGAGGAAGAAGGUCUAGACGACCCUGUGAUGGUGGCUGAAUAUGCCCACGAAAUCUUCGAAUAUCUCCGAGACCUGGAGUCUAGGUCGGUGCCUAACCCUCAGUACAUAGUACACCAGGACGAGCUGGAGUGGAAGACGCGAAGUAUUUUAGUCGACUGGAUGAUCGAGGUCCACACUCGAUUCCAUCUUCUUCCUGAGACCCUUUUCCUUGCUAUCAACAUCAUCGAUCGAUUUCUAUCUCAGAAGGUCGUCCAAUUAGACCGCGUCCAGCUUGUCGGCAUUACAGCAAUGUUUAUUGCAGCCAAGUAUGAGGAGGUGCUAUCACCUCACGUUAGCAACUAUAGAAUGGUAUCCGAUGACGGCUUUAGUGACGCCGAGAUCCUUAGUGCAGAACGAUUCAUCUUAGAAACGUUGAACUACGAUCUCAGCUAUCCCAACCCGAUGAACUUCCUUCGACGGAUCUCGAAGGCAGAUGACUAUGAUAUACAAUGUCGAACCAUUGGAAAGUUCCUAAUGGAGAUCAGCAUCGUUGACUACCGAUUCCUGGCGUACCGACCUAGCCACAUUGCUGCCGCUGCCAUGUAUCUCGCCCGAAUGAUCCUUGACCGUGGCGAAUGGGAUCCCACCAUUGCUUUCUAUGCCGGAUACACGGAAGAAGAGAUAGAACCCGUGUUUGAGCUUAUGGUUGACUAUCUAGCUCGCCCUAUCUGCCACGAAGCCUUCUACAAGAAGUACGCCAGCAAAAAGUUCAUGAAAGCAUCCUUGAUUACUCGCCAAUGGGCUAGGAAGAACGCACCUAUCUUUGGUAUCACAGACACAAAAUUGUCCGUGGAUGACCUUUCGUCACUGGAACCUGAACCUGAGCCAGAAGAGGAAGAAGAUUAUUAA